AUAAAAACACGCCAACGCUGUGAUAUCUGGCUAAAGUGGAAAUGGAGCGGGUUUUAACUUUUAAUUUAAGUGUAUUUAUCACCUCUCUGUGUAAGUAGAUAACUUUUUAUAUUGUGUAUUUAUUUAUUUUUUUAAAAAAAGGUUAUUAUCAUGAAGAGCUUCGUCACUGGUUUGGUAAACCGGAGUAGCGGUGCAGUCGGUGUUUUCUGGCCGCUUUUGGUUGGAGGUCUCUGGGCAGCUGUGGUCGCCUACAAGCCGGUGAUCAUCGUACACGGCUUGUUCGACAGCUCGGGAGAUUUUAAGAACCUACAACAUUUUAUUAACGAGUCUCACCCGGGAACAAAUGUGACUGUGAUUGACCUGUUUGACCGAAGUGCAAGUCUCCAGCCCAUGUGGAAGCAAGUGGAGGGUUUCAAGGCCGCCAUUUAUCCAAUCAUGCAAAAUUCUGCCGAUGGGGUCCAUUUUAUCUGCUACUCUCAAGGUGGGCUGGUUUGCAGAGGAAUCCUCUCCACUUUGCCCGAUCACAACGUGCACACGUUCAUCUCGCUGUCCUCUCCUCAAGCCGGACAAUAUGGAGAUACCGACUACUUGAGGUACCUUUUCCCUCAGUUUGUGAAAUCCAACCUGUACCACCUGUGUUACACGGCCAUAGGCCAGAGGAUAUCCAUCUGCAACUAUUGGAAUGACCCCCACCACAGGGACAUGUAUGUCAACAGCAGUGAUUACCUGGCGUUGCUCAACAGCGAGAGACACAACCCAAAUGCAACAGAGUGGAAGAAAAACUUCUUAAAAAUCAGCAAGCUGGUGCUUGUCGGAGGACCGGAUGAUGGAGUCAUCACUCCAUGGCAAUCCAGUCAGUUUGGAUUCUUCGACGACAACGAGACUGUCAUUGAGAUGCAGAGUCAAGACAUCUACUUAAAGGAUGUCUUCGGUUUGAAGUCGCUGGCGGCUCGCGGCGAUCUCAUCUUGUGUUCCAUUCCUGACGUCCAGCACGUGUGGUGGCACUCCAAUGAGACCGUCUUUCACACCUGUAUGGAAAAGUGGCUGGUAUAAAACACUUAUUAUUAUUUUCUCGUCAGCUUCAUCAGAAUCUGGCUUCCGACUGCAUAAAAAGACAAUGAAUGAACAUUUGUGUAGGUAAUGGAGGUACUAUUGUUGUUUUUUUGACUUGUUUUUAUUGUUGCUGUUGUUAGGAAGGCACAAAUGUAAGGUUUUGGAGUGUAAAUACUCACACAAAGGUGUAGGAUUACCAGCUUUAAAGCUAUGACUAAGCAGAAACUCCCAGGAAUAUUACUUGCAUACAUAGGAAGCAUAAGUAAAAAGUAUGUGUUUUCUUUAGUUUUCUUUUAUUUCAUUCAUCAAAAAGGCAUCUCGUCCACGUGUGUAUCAUGUAUUUGGUCACACAAUGUACCUCAAAGCAACACAACAGUGCCUGAGCGACGUUUUUGUCAUCCUGUUUUCAUGCACAGACUCACUGCCUUAUAACUCCUGUUUAAUGCAGUCCUUGUAUUACAUUUGUAUACGUGCUCAAAUACCAUAGCUGUAUUAGAAGUAGCUGCAGCCUUACAUUUCCCCGCCAUGUGUCAAUGUCAAAGGUUGCAUACCGUAAGUGCUAAGACAUUGGCAGGAUGGCAGUGUUGUUUUAAUGUGGAAAAACUUGAUAUAAGAAAAUAAUCAGUAGUUUCAGCUCUAUUUACCAUUCAUUUCUCAAUCUUUACAUUUCAUUGUAUUAGUAUUUAGCCGUUUCAACAACUUCUCAACUGUACUGCAGUAUUUUAGAUAAGGAAUAUUACAUUUUGGCAGAACUGAAGGGAUUUUUUUAAUACUUCCUGAAAGGAAUAAUACACUAAGACAUGAUUGGGAAAGCUUUAACCUAAAGAAGGGAAGAUGAAGUGUUAUGUUUUAUUUAAUUGUAUACUGUAUUUUUGAAUAUUUUGCUUUGUUUGGAUCAUGUACUGUAGUAUAAAGGAAUCGACAUAACUGUUUAUGGUAUGGCUUUAAGGGACGUCAUACUUCAUGUGCAAAUUUCAAGCUCUACCACAUGUAAAAAUUGACACUUUUUAAAAAGAUGUAAUUAUAUUGACUAUUUUUAUUAUAGAGUGUACCUUGUCGGUGAUGUGUUGUGUCUUCAAUA